CUUAAAAUACAUAAUGGAAGUAUGAACGAGAAUGAAGUAAAGAUUCUGAAGAUACGUGAUGGCCUACCGUUAUCUGAAGUGAUUCGUCCGUCGUCUUUGAAAGACUAUAUUGGCCAACAGCAUCUCAUAAACGAUAAUAAUGGAUCAAUCAAAAAUUUUAUAAAAUUAGGCUAUUUACCUUCAAUGAUCAUAUUUGGACCCCCUGGAGUUGGUAAAACUACAAUAGCCAGAAUCUUAUCGCAUGAAACCCAAUACGUUUUUGUUGAAAUAUCAGCAACUGACUCAACUGUUCAAGACUUGAAAAAUCUCUCGAUUGAAAUAUCACUGGAGAAUAAACUACGUGCUUCCAGACAUGAAAUGUUUUUAAAAGUAGCUAUAUUCGUUGAUGAAAUACAUAGGUUGACGAAAACUCAACAAGACUUUUUAUUGCCCUUCAUUGAAGAUGGUAAUUUUGUUUUCAUUGGUGCUACCACCGUUGAUCCUAAAAAAAGAAUUAGAAGAGCUAUUUUAUCAAGGUGUCAGAUGUUUGAAUUAUCCACGCUCAACCAACAGGAAUUGACGUUAAUAAUAAAAAGAGCCAUCUUGUUCGAAAAUAUAAGGAGAAAAUUAACUCAUCAACUACAGUUUUUGCAUUAUGAAGAAAAUUCAUUAUCUAUAUUGAUCCAGUUUGCGAAUGGUGAUACUAGAUCUGUGAUUAAUUUAAUCGAACUAAUUAGUAAUCGUUUCAAUAAUGAUACUUAUAAGAUUGACAAUGGAGGCCUCCCGAUCUCCCUUGACCUGAAUAACUUGAAAUCAGUAGUCGAUACUAUCAUCAAAGUUAAAAGCGGUUUACAAAAUCCGUCCAACAUUCCUUUCUUCAUACAACUAUUCGAUUCAAUGCGAGGUAGGUUUAAAUCAAAAGAUACUCAAGCAGAUUUAAUCAAAUGGACGCCGGUCACUAGAAAAAUAAAUCCACAUAUUGUUUUUAAAAAAUCUGUCCCUGGCUGUUUUAUGGUGAAAAUAAGGUCGAACUAUUUAAAAUCUAAAAUCAAUGAUUCAGAGAUUGAGAGUGAAUUUGAAGAUGAAAAUGACUUUAUCAAAGCCCCUAUAGCAACCCAGAAUCAGAAACAACAAGAGUGGCAAGACCACAUGGUUUAUUCUGAUGACAGUGAUGUUGAACCUUCUUCCAUUUAUUCUGAUGAUGAUGACGAUGUCAAAUUCAUCGAUAUCAAAAAGAUUUCAUCAUCGAAAUUUAAUUCCUUAGCAGCCAUUCAUGCUUUUUUAACCCUUUUGCGAAACGGAGAAAGUCCUAUAUUCAUCUUGAAACAAUUACUACUAUUCCUUGUUUUAUUCGUGAAAUCUGAUAAUUAUGAAAUAAGGAAAACCUUAUCAGUCUUAAAGUCGAUUCAAAUUUCCAAUACUAACAUAACUAAAGUUAUGAGUGAUCUAAUCAUUAGGUUAGCUUCGUUGUCACAUCAUAAUUAUAAACAUUCGAAUUAUCCUUUAACUAUUCUUCGAUGGUUAAAAGAAUUUCAUACGCAAAAUCAAAAAUCAACAGAACUACAAAUUACACUGGGUCCCGAAGAUGAUUGUGAGAUCACAUAUGACCCUUCCUUGGUGAGAAGGCUUUUAUCUGAUAUAGAUGAAGAUGAAGAUGAUCAAAUCCGGGAAGAAUCUGGCUCGAAUUUAGGCACAAUCAAUGUAGAAAGUAUAGAUGAUUUAGAUAAUCUGUUUUAUAUAGGUAUCGAAGAGGGUUAUCAUGUCACACCAGCAACCUUUGAACAUAAUUUUGGCCUUAAUAGCAUGAUUUCUGAGGUUGAUCUUCAUUAAGGA